UCGAGGUGUAAUAAUGAAAAAAGGAGACAAAUGCGGCGUGGAGGCCUUCUGUUUACAUGCAGCAGCACAAGGAGGGCCACAUGACAUGACAUCAUGUGACUGACUUUGUUUCACAUAGUCACAGAAAAGAGAAAAAAAAAACAAUGACGCCGGAGAGCUUGAUAGCGUCGGCGUCGAUCAACAUAGGUCUCGCCCUCGUCGCACUUUGGCUCUUCUCCGUCCUCAAGAAGCAGCCUCGCAACGCCGUCGUCUACUACGCUCGCCGCCUAUCAGAUCGCCACCACCACCACCGUCCUCUGUCUCUACACUCUUCCCUUUGCCUCCCUCGUUUCCUCCCUUCCGUUGCGUGGAUCCCACGCGCCUUCCGUGUCCCCCAGGAAGACAUCCUCAGCCGACAUGGCCUCGACGCUCUUGUCCUCAUCAGGCUCUUCAAAUUCGGAAUCAGAUUCUUCCUGUUGUGUUCAUUACUUGGAGCGUCACUGCUUCUUCCGAUUGAUUAUUACAAUGAGUCAGAUUUACCGACUCGAAGAGAGUAUUCAAUGGAUGCUUUCACAAUAUCAAACAUCACACGAGGUUCUAACAAGUUGUGGGUGCAUUUCUCAUGCUUGUGGCUCAUUUCAUUCUAUGCAUUGUUUUUGUUGCAUAAGGAAUAUAAAGAGAUUCUUGUGAUAAGGCUUCAACAAAUGGGAGAACUUAGGCAUCGUGCUGACCAGUUCACUGUUCUUGUCCGGCAAGUUCCUCUCUGCCCUGAGCAUAACACUCGUGGCUGCGCUGUUGAUCACUUUUUUUCUAAGCAUCAUCGCUUCAGCUAUCACUCGUAUCAGAUGUUGUACGAUGGGAAAGAUCUUGAAUACCUUUUGGGGAAGCAGAAGAAGCUUAAGAAAGAGCUAGAAGACAAGAGACACACAGACAUGCUUUCAAAUGGAUCACAAGAACAUAAGAUAUCCACAUCUGAAGAAAAGCUUCGAGAAAUUACCAAUAUGAUUUGCCACCUUCAAAGUGAAACUAUGCUGAGAGAGAAGGAAUUACCUGUUGCGUUUGUAACCUUCAAAUCCCGAAGAAGUGCCGCUCUAGCAGCUCAAACACAGCAGCACUCAAAUCCCCUAGAACUUAUAACUGAAAUGGCUCCUGAACCAAGAGAUGUAUCUUGGAGAAAUCUUGCUAUUCCGCAAAAGCUAUUGCCUCUCAACAAAAUAGGAGUCAUCCUUGCAGCAGCACUUCUUACAAUAUUCUUUGCUAUUCCAGUCACAGCUGUCCAGGGAAUUGCAAAGUAUGAGAAGCUUAAAAAAUGGUUUCCUCCAGCCAUGGCUAUUGAAUUCAUACCAGGGCUCAGUUCAGUUGUGACAGGGUACCUCCCAAGUGCAAUACUCAAAGGUUUCAUGUACAUCAUUCCCUUUGCCAUGCUUGGAAUGGCCUAUCUUGGCGGCUCUAUUUCCAAGAGCAAUGAGGAGAUUAAAGCUUGCAAUAUGGUCUUCUAUUUUCUAAUGGGAAAUGUUUUCUUCUUGAGUCUUAUCUCUGGUUCCUUGCUAGAUGAAAUUGGAGAAUAUCUCACUCAUCCUAGAGACAUUCCUAGUCACCUUGCUGCUGCUGUUUCAGCUCAGGCAGAGUUUUUUAUGACAUACAUCUUGACAGAUGGACUGUCUGGAUUUUCUUUGGAGAUUCUUCAAUUGGGACUUGUACUAUUUGAUAUCAUGAGAUCCUGCACGUAUGGAAGAGGAAAAGAGAGAACUCCUUACCUCUUUUCAUUUCCAUAUUUUAGAGUUAUCCCCACUGUUUCCUUAUCGAUAAUGAUUGGUAUGAUUUAUGCCGUGGUCGCACCAUUGAUGCUCCCUUUCCUAGUUGGUUAUUUCUGCCUUGGAUACAUUGUCUACUUCAACCAGAUGGAAGAUGUGUACGAGGCUACAUAUGAUACAUGCGGCAGAUUCUGGCCAUCCAUUCAUCAUUAUAUCUUUGUCUCAAUAAUACUUAUGCAAAUCACAAUGGUGGGUCUCUUUGGGCUUAAGUCAAAGCCAUCUGCAGCAAUUGCUACUGUACCACUCAUAUUGAUCACUAUAGCUUACAACGAGUACUGCAAGAUCCGCUUCCUCCCAUCAUUCAAACAUUUCCCUAUACAGACAGCAGUUGAAAUAGAUGAAGAAGAUGAAAAGAAUGGGGAGAUGGGAACACAUUAUGGUGAUGCUGCGACUGCGUAUAACAGGCAUCAACCUUGCUUAGAGCGUGUAAUAAGCUCAGCAGAAGCACCAACAAACUUGAGCCAACCAUUGCUUGGAACGGAAUCCAUCUGAAGCUAGAGAGAACGAGAGAGAAGACUAAAUACAAUCAAUGAUGCAACUGUAACGGGCUUAACUUAAACGACGUAAUCGUAUCAUCACGUCGAGCCAAUAACACAGAAGCGAAGUGUCUAAAGCUUCCUUUAGAAGCGAAGGAGGGGAUCAGAAGAAGUUACAUUAGAUAUGAUAGUAACCAGAUUUAAGCAGUUCCUGGACGCUAUCUUUAAGUGUUGGACUUCAUUCAACACUUUUUCAUAAUAUAUAUUAAUAUAAACAAGAGUGAGUACACACGACAAGAAAGUUAGUUGUAUAUAAAAGGAAAGUUGAGUAUUCAAAUUUCAAAGCAAGGAAACAAGAAGAGAGGAGAAGAGGAAGGGGAAAAUGGCUGCCUUAUCAGAGAAAGAUGCUAAUUAAAGCUUAUCUGGACGCAAGGCCUAGAUAUCCCAUCGAUUGGUACAAGAAGAUUGCCGCACGGUCACAAAUUUGCUUGGGAUAUAUGUCGGAACUGGCAACGGUCAGGCGGUAAUUAUCAGCUUUCUAAUUCUGCAUUCUUAUGUCUUAGGCUCUUAGCAUCUGGAAAAAAAUCUGAAAACCUUCCUAUACUUGUUAGAACCAGUUAGUAUGAUUUGUGUGAUACGGCGAUUAUGCUAA